AUGUCUUCUCUUGGUUACUUUCAAGUUCUUGUUCUUCUUUAUGCUCUGCUUAUUUUCUCAGUCGAAUCUCAAAAAACUCAACUCCAAAACACUAUCAAUGAUGUUGAAUCUAGCGAUGAUGGUGUACAAGGCAAACGAUGGGCUGUUCUAAUUGCUGGAUCAAAUGAAUAUUAUAACUACAGGCAUCAGGCUGACAUAUGCCAUGCAUAUCAGAUACUGCGAAAAGGCGGUAUAAAAGACGAAAACAUCAUUGUGUUUAUGUAUGAUGAUAUCGCGUUUAGUCCAGACAAUCCUAGACCUGGAGUUAUCAUUAAUAAACCCAACGGUGACGAUGUUUACAAAGGAGUUCUUAAGGAUUACACUAGAGAUGCUGUUAAUGUGAAGAACUUCUUCAAUGUUUUACUCGGAAACAAAAGUGGAAUCACAGGAGGAAGUGGCAGAGUUUUGCAAAGUGGUCCUAAUGAUAAUAUCUUCAUCUAUUAUGCUGACCAUGGAGCUCCUGGAUUACUAUCGAUGCCUAAUGAAGAACUCCUUGCAAAAGAUUUCAUUGAAGUCUUGGAGAAAAUGCAUCACCAAAAAAGCUACAAGAAGAUGGUGAUCUAUGUUGAAGCAUGUGAAGCUGGAAGUAUGUUUGAAGGGAUUUUAAAGAAGAAUCUCAACAUUUUUGCAGUGACUGCUUCUAAUGCGAAAGAGAGCAGCUAUGGAACUUACUGUCCUUCGACAUAUCCUCCUCCUCCUGAUGAGUAUGAUACUUGUCUGGGCGAUGUGUUUAGCAUAUCUUGGCUUGAGGACAGUGAUCUUCAUGACAUGACCAAAGAGACUUUGAAGCAGCAAUACAACGUUGUAAGGAGAAGAACAGGAGCUGAUCAGAAAGAAGAGAGUUCUCAUGUAUGCCAUUUCGGAACAGAGGAGAUUCUUAAAGAUUAUCUUGUCUCUUACAUUGGAACUAAUCCUGAAAACGAAAACUUCACUUUUGCUGGACUCACUUCUUCUCCAUUCUCUAACUCAAACUUGGUCAAUCCGCGCGAUAUUCCUCUGUUAUAUCUCCAGAGAAAGAUUCAAAAAGCUCCAAUGGAGUCACCUGAAAGACAAGAAGCUCAGAAGAAAUUGUUUGAGAAAAUGAAUCAUAGGAAACAAAUCGAUCAGAGCAUUAUAGAGAUUCUUCGACUUUCGGUUAAACAAACCAAUGUCGUAAAUCUCUUAACUUCCACAAGAACAAGUGGACAACCUCUUGUAGACGAUUGGGAUUGCUUCAAGACUCUGGUUAACAGCUUCAAGAAUCACUGCGGAGCAACGAUGGAUUACGGAUUGAAGUAUACAGGAGCACUUGCCAAUGUCUGCAAUAUGGGAGUGGAUGUGAAGCAAACUGUUUCAACCAUUGAACAAGCUUGCUCUAUCAAAGCAUAA